AUGUUGAUUAUCCCGCAGCAUUUCACGAUCCCCGGACUCCGCAAUCGUGUAGAGCAGGUUCAGGUACCCGAUUUCUCGCAAGUAGGCGCACCACAGAUGUUCUGGAAUAGCCCUGGGUGGAGGGGUAGACCCGUCGGUCCCACCCGACGGGAGCUCUAUGGAGAACCGCUCAAACAGCCAAUCGAGUUUUUGCACAUUUGCCGUCAGUCGCGUGGUCAAAAGCUCCGGGGCUUCAGUUUGGGUACCGUGUUCAAAUGCGAAACCGGGAGUGCCCCGGAAAUCGGCGAGGUCCUUUCUCGUGAAGCUCUGGUAACGUUCAUCCACAGCUUCCUUGAAGCGAGUAAGGCGGUCGGCGGCCGACUCCACUUCCGCACGCAGCUUUUCCACUUGCGAUUCCUUGUGCCCGAUGAUCGAAGUCCACAUGCCCAAAUCGAUCUCGUCGCACAUCUGGUUGUUGAUUUGGUCGAAUUUGUCAGCCAACUCGUAGCGGUGGAGCUUUCGCAGCUCAUCGCCGAUGAGCCUGUAGUUCAGAAUGACAUCACCAAGGUUGUUGAACCUCUUCGCCGCUUCUCCCUUGUGGUCGCUCGGAGACCGGCUGCCCUUUUGGUCUGUGGCCAUGUUCUCGAAACUUUUGAGCUCGCGGAUGCAGUCCACGAUACUGCUGGUCUUGUAGGUGAGCAUCUUUUUGUACUGACUCUGGACCAGUUCUAG